GGGAGCGGCGGGAGUGAGCGACACAGAGCGGGCCGCCACCGCCGAGCAGCCCUCCGGCAGUCUCCGCGUCCGUUAGCCCGAGGGUCCUCCGCGAAUCGGCGGUGGGUCCGGCAGCCGAAUGCAGCCCCGCAGCGAGCGCCCGGCCGGCAGGACGCAGAGCCCGGAGCACGGCAGCCCGGGGCCCGGGCCCGAGGCGCCGCCGCCGCCACCGCCUCAGCCGCCGGCCCCCGAGGCAGAGCGCACGCGACCCCGGCAGGCUCGGCCCGCAGCCCCCAUGGAGGGAGCCGUGCAGCUGCUGAGCCGCGAGGGCCACAGCGUGGCCCACAACUCCAAGCGGCACUACCACGAUGCCUUCGUGGCCAUGAGCCGCAUGCGCCAGCGCGGCCUCCUGUGCGACAUCGUCCUGCACGUGGCUGCCAAGGAGAUCCGUGCGCACAAAGUGGUGCUGGCCUCCUGCAGCCCGUACUUCCACGCCAUGUUCACAAAUGAGAUGAGCGAGAGCCGCCAGACCCACGUGACGCUGCACGACAUCGACCCUCAGGCCUUGGACCAGCUGGUGCAGUUUGCGUAUACGGCUGAGAUUGUGGUGGGCGAGGGCAACGUGCAGACUCUGCUCCCAGCCGCCAGUCUCCUGCAGCUGAAUGGCGUCCGAGACGCUUGCUGCAAGUUUCUACUGAGUCAGCUCGAUCCCUCCAACUGCUUGGGUAUCCGGGGCUUUGCCGAUGCGCACUCCUGCAGCGACCUGCUCAAGGCCGCCCACAGGUACGUGCUGCAGCACUUCGUGGACGUGGCCAAGACCGAGGAGUUUAUGCUGCUGCCCCUGAAACAGGUGCUGGAACUGGUCUCUAGCGACAACCUGAACGUGCCUUCAGAGGAGGAAGUCUACCGAGCCGUCCUGAGCUGGGUGAAACACGACGUGGACGCCCGCAGGCAGCAUGUCCCACGGCUCAUGAAGUGUGUGCGGCUGCCCUUGCUGAGCCGCGACUUCCUGCUGGGCCACGUGGAUGCCGAGAGCCUGGUGAGGCACCACCCUGACUGCAAGGACCUCCUCAUCGAGGCCCUGAAGUUCCACCUGCUGCCCGAGCAGAGGGGCGUCCUAGGCACCAGCCGCACGCGUCCCCGGCGCUGCGAGGGGGCCGGGCCUGUGCUUUUUGCUGUGGGCGGCGGGAGCCUGUUUGCCAUCCACGGAGACUGUGAGGCCUACGACACGCGCACCGACCGCUGGCACGUGGUGGCCUCCAUGUCCACGCGCCGGGCCCGGGUGGGAGUGGCUGCGGUGGGGAACCGGCUCUAUGCUGUGGGCGGCUAUGAUGGGACCUCAGACCUGGCUACCGUGGAGUCCUACGACCCCGUGACUAACACGUGGCAGCCGGAGGUGUCCAUGGGCACGAGGCGAAGCUGCCUGGGUGUGGCCGCCUUGCACGGACUCCUGUACUCGGCCGGCGGCUAUGACGGGGCCUCCUGCCUGAACAGUGCUGAACGCUACGACCCCCUGACCGGAACGUGGACGUCCGUCGCUGCCAUGAGCACCCGGAGGCGCUAUGUGCGAGUGGCCACGCUUGAUGGGAACCUGUAUGCUGUGGGCGGCUACGACAGCUCCUCACACCUGGCCACUGUGGAGAAGUAUGAGCCCCAGGUGAACGUGUGGUCGCCCGUGGCGUCCAUGCUGAGCCGACGCAGCUCAGCGGGCGUGGCCGUGCUGGAGGGUGCCCUGUACGUGGCAGGGGGCAACGACGGCACCAGCUGCCUCAACUCGGUAGAGAGAUACAGUCCAAAGGCUGGAGCCUGGGAAAGCGUGGCGCCCAUGAAUAUCCGCAGGAGCACGCAUGACCUGGUGGCCAUGGAUGGCUGGCUGUACGCCGUGGGGGGUAACGACGGUAGCUCCAGCCUCAACUCCAUCGAGAAGUACAACCCGAGGACCAACAAGUGGGUGGCCGCAUCCUGCAUGUUCACCCGGCGCAGCAGUGUGGGUGUGGCGGUGCUGGAGCUGCUCAAUUUCCCGCCGCCAUCCUCCCCGACGCUGUCCGUGUCCUCCACCAGCCUCUGACCCACCUACCACCAGAGACCUGCAGCCUCCCACAUGCCUUAAGGGGACCGUGGCCCCCACCAGGGACGUCCUGCGCCAUCCGUUCACGUCUCUGCGUCCAUUCCUUCAUGUCUUUAUUUAGUUGUUUAUUUAUUUAGUUAUUUAUCUUAUUUAUUGAGGGGUGAGGAGUGCCACGGCUGCCGGUUUACACCUUUAGCGUCUGGUCCUCCUGCGUGUCCUCCCCUCCACUGCCUGCAUGGGGGGCAGUGGGGAGUGACCAGGCGGGGGCCUCGCCGCCCCAGGGCCGUUGCCUGCUCAGACCCUGCAGGCUGUGGAGCAAGAGGCCCUGGGUCUCUCCAAGCAGCUGCAGACCCCAGCUCGAAUUUUGCACAUGGCGGGGUCCCAGGAAGGGUGGGGAGCAGGUGUCCUUCCUGUCGUUGUCUGCCGUGUGCCAUCUUUCCUGGAUCUUGUAGUGGGUGCACACGCGUGCACUGGGACCCCACACAGCAAUACGAGCCCAACUUAAUAAACACAUUUCUGGGGUU